AUGGCGAUGAGAUGGUUUGAUGCCCUCAAGCCAAAUUCCAUCGAUUCCUUUAAACAGCUGACACAGGCUUUUGACUCCCGCUUCAUUACCAGCAGUAAAGUCCCUCGGCCCCUAGAUUCCCUCCUAUCCUUGUCCAUGCAGGAAGGGGAGACACUGAAGGCCUACUCAGAUAGGUACUGGGAAAUGUACAAUGAGAUAGAAGGAAAUUACGAUGACGUCGUCAUUAGUACGUUCAAAAGGGACCUGUCGAUAGAGCAUGGCUUAAGAAAGUCCCUCAUUGGGAAGCCAGUCACUAGCGUGCGCCAAUUCAUGGACAAAAUCGACAAGUACAAAAGGGUCGAGGAGGACAAGCAGAUGGGGAAGGGUAAAGCGAAGGUUGUCCCUCAGGAGAGAAGGGACUUUAGGUUGAACCGCUUUAACAGCAAUAACAUGCCGAAAAGAGAUUACGCGGAACAGUCUGGAUCUACUGGGGCUCAGGCAGUCCAUGCUGUGUUCCGAGAACCAUUACAUAAGAUCCUAGAGAAGGUGAAGUGCGAACCUUUCUUUCAAUGGCCGAAUAGGAUGGCAGGUGACCCCUCGAAGCGUAAUCAGAAUCUGUAUUGCGCGUACCACCAAGAGCCAGGUCACACCGCCAACGAUUGCAGGAAUCUGAAAAACCAUUUAGACCGGCUUGUCCGAGAAGGGAAGUUGAGGCAUCUGUUACAUCGCCCUGAAGGAUGGCAGGAACAGUCGAAUAUCGAAACCAGACAAAGUACAUUGAGGCCACCCAUCGGCACAAUAAAUGUCAUUCUUGUCGCACCUGGAAGGACCGAUUCCAACCCUUUCAGAGUAAUGUCAGUGAGCAGGUUCCCAACUGAGCUAGAUGACAGGGAAUCCAAGAGAGCCAGAGUGAGUGCCACACCCUUAAUCGGGUUCUCGGAGGAGGACAAGCAAGGAACCCUUCAACCCCACGAUGAUGCCCUAGUCGUCACGCUCAGAAUUGGAGGUUAUGACGUGAAAAGGGUGUUAGUUGAUCAAGGCAGCGCCGUGGAGGUAAUGUACCCUAACUUGUAUAAGGGGUUGAACUUGAAACCAGAAGACCUGUCGCCAUACGAUUCCCCUCUGGUCAGCUUUGAAGGAAAAACCAUCACCCCGAAAGGCAUGAUUAGGCUGUCUGUGCAAACAGACUCAGACGUGGUAGAGGUGAACUUCAUUGUGGUAGAUGUGUACUCCCUCUACACAGCUAUCAUGGCCCGACCGUGGCUUCAUGCACUAGGGGCUGUGCCAUCAACCUUGCACCAAAAACAAUUAAAGACCCCAGUCCCAACUGCGGGUGGUGGAGAACCAGUCACGGAGGUGAGCUGUGAGGAGCUGGAGAAAGUACUCGUCGGAUCAGAUUCUGAGAGGUUUUUUCAGAUCGGCUCAGAAUUACCACCACAGGAGAAGUCAACACUAAUUGAUUUUCUCCGACGGAAUGUGGACGUAUUCGCCUGGGAUCCCUAUGAGGCCCCCGGGGUUGACUCAGAUCUCAUAUGCCAUCACCUUAACGUUAACCCGACUAUAACGCCUAAAAGCAACCUCCUCGGCGACUGUCAAAAGAACAUGCAGACGCUGUGA